UCCAACAGAUGAUGAUGUCAGCGACCGAGUUCUUUCGUACGGCGACCAAUGGCGAGCCGGCUACUGAUCCCGGGGACCGGGGCCAGCCUGGGUUCUCUGUCAACGAGCGGAUGAGAUUCGCCCAGACUCUGAAAAGAGCUGGCCUGACAGACGCCUAUCGCCACAUGCACCCCGGCAAGGACAUGCAGGCAGGAUUCACGUGGUGUGGCAACCCUGUGGGGAGGUACCGAGGCAAGCGCAUGCCGGUUGACUACUUCUGUGUGUCCGACAACCUUCUACCCCGAUUGGCGACAUGUGACAUACAUGGGCGAGGGUUCGAAGAGGACC